UACACCUGACAGUUGGUUGACAUGGACAAAUUUUUUUUAAAUCACACAUCAACUAAAUAUAGUAAUGAAGCUCGUAGUUGGUUUUCUAGUAGGCCUACUUUUAACGCCAUUUGAUUCUGUCCAAAGUAGGUCUUUGAAGAGUGGUGUAGAAAACAAGGACACACGAAUAAAAUAUAAACAAAAUGCAAUUGGAAAUCACCACGCAACCGAUUCCGCAAGUGCUGCAAAUAAGUACUUAUUACCCAAAGCACCAAUAGCAAGCAGGAUCCGUAUCGAGCGCCGAGAGGAGAGGACGGGGAUUCCCAAUACUUAUGAUUCUAAUGAUGGUUUCGAUCGGUCAUAUGAAUCAGAGUCGAAUGGAGCUACGAGUGAUACGCCAAAGAGUCCAUCUGCAAGACGAGUAAAUGGUGUUUCAAUGAGUGUAAAUGGUAAAAAGAAAGAUGAUACUCACAAUACUGCAACCAAUGGAAGUCCAAGACUUUUUGAGGUAUACAAACGGCUAACGAGAAAAAGAAGAAGACGUACCAUACAAACGAACCAAGGAUACUUUAACUACAAACUCAAGUAUUCAGAAAAAGCUUCGAUCCACGUGGUGCCUAAGCUGAACUCAAUGCAUCACUCCAGAGCAUUUGAUCGCCACGGAAACAUCAAUGGUUCAUGGGAAGCAGUCUCGAGAACUAAUAUGAAAUUAAUUAUCAACCAACCAAGAAAUGCCUCGGAUUUCAACGAAGCAGUUAUAGUUGUAAGGUCAACAGGAAACUAUUUCAUAUAUGGACAAAUAUUGUUUCAUGGUAAAAAUCAUGAGAUGGGUCACUGUUUGUAUGCAAGUGAUUCAUACAAGCCGUGUUGGAAGGCUACAUGUGAAGACCGCAAAGUGAUGUGUUCUCGAUCUGCUCCUGGGCAUCCAACGAGCAUUAAAGGUCUCCCAGAAAAUAUCAAUACAAACUAUAUAGGUGGCAUUGUAUAUUUAAAACAAGGCUCUGCCAUCCGACUUGGGGUCGUAGCUAACCAACACGUAAUGAUAAAGGAACCCAUACAAUUUGACAAAACGAUGUGUUAUUUUGGGGCAUUUUCAGUCUAGCAAAAUGAUUAUUGGAUACUUGGUGAAGUAAUGAUUAUUAUCAGAUAGGAACGAAACCAGGAUCUGAAAAUCAAAGGCGAGAAAACCUAAGAUGAUAUUGAUAUAAUUCUUCUAUUUGACAUCAUUUGUACAAAAAUUAAGUGAUCUGGAUUUUAUUUUUG